AUGGCUAUCAUAUCGCUAAAUGCAACCAAAAGCUCUAGUACGGGUGAUAAUAUUCCUAGUUAUGUAUCUUCUGACGAUGCAACAUCCUGUUACAUUGUUAUCCUGCGCAGUGCUAAUAGAUGCUGCAUAGGACAUUUAGACACAGCAAUGCGCGUGAAGUCAUUCUUCAAGAAUACUGAACAGUUUUUCUUUUCCAAUGAUAAUGUUACUACCGCUAAAGUCCACAUAAUUGGAGGAUUUCCAGAUCCACAAAACCUGUACCGGUCGAUACUACACGAGAUACUUUUGUCACUUGUUUGCAAUGACCGCACCUAUGAACUUGGAGUAUGCUGUAUUGCAGAAAACAACAUAAAAACUGCUACACAAAACACAUACCCUGCUAUAAUGGGUGUUCUUUACGACAUUAUACCAGAUAGACUAAAUCCUGCUUGCAUAGGUUGGAAAGCUCGUGGACCUGUUCCCGCUUUGAGACUUUCACGUUUAUAUUCUCCGUAUUCAGGGGAAAUAACAAACGUUUUCGAUCCUGAAAAUUGUAUUUUGUUUGUAAAUCCUUUCGCAUACGUUCGUCCAAGUUCUGUGAGUCUGAAUAUGUCGACUGAACAAAUGCGAGCUAGAUCUACAACUCCUGAUCAAGAACCUCCGACAUUUUUUGAAGGCCAAGCCGCUAUAAAUCGUUUGAUGUUCUUCUGCCAUAAUUCCCUAACUUGGUUCAAAAAUGGCCCUCUAAAGUUUCAAUGUACUGCAGAUUCAAGUAAGCCAUGGGUUCCUUUAGAUGAAGCUUCUGCAGUAGCAUCAAGAGACUCUCUUACAAACAUUAGUAUCUAG